AUGUCUGACUUUGGCGACGACGAUGUCGGCGCAGGCGGCGAUGAGCCCAUGCUGGACGAGGACGUGACGGAGUUUUACGACCCCGAGGUCGCCGAGGGCGAGGACGAAGAGCACGCCGCCAACGGCGAAGACCAGGACAACGUCGUCGUCUCGGGAGAUCCGUCGGCGGCCGCCAACGCUCUCAAGGGCGGCGACAGGGCGGUCAAGGACAAGAAAAUCCCCGAGAGCGAGCGCACGACGACGCCGUACAUGACAAAGUACGAACGGGCGCGCAUCCUGGGCACGCGCGCUCUGCAAAUCAGUAUGAAUGCGCCGGUGCUCGUCGACCUCGAGGGCGAGACAGACCCGCUGCAGAUUGCCAUCAAGGAGAUGCGGGAAAAGAAGAUCCCGCUGAUUGUGCGGAGAUAUCUCCCCGAUGGCUACUAUGAGGACUGGACAUGCGAGGAACUGCUGCAAUGA